CCCGACGAAACCUAACUUGCUCAUCUCCAACGUAUUUCUAUUAGGUUUACUACGAAUGCCAAAAAGCGCAUUAUCAAUCAAUAACAACUGUAAAACAGACAUGCGUUUGUGCACAUAGAUCCAUGAUUGUUAAAGUUGUCAUUUUUAACGAGUAUGAUAGUCCUUCAAUAUGAUGAAAUAAAUGAUGCGUCGGAGCAACUGGGCAAGGGAAGUCCCCCGCGCCCUCAGUCAAAUAUAGCCGCGCGGACGUGUCCUUGAGCGGUUGGUCCACGUCGGCCUCUCCUAUGUAUAAAUACAUGUGCUCGAUCGCAUUUACGCUUCAAGUUUGUCUCGGGACGAUCUUUAGGUCACCAUCACCUGCCAGACGUCAAUCAAAGCCAAGAUGUCGCCGACGCCACACUUCUGAUUCACGUAUUUUAUUGGUGGGAUGCAAACGAGGAUGCGGCGUAGAUGAAAUGCGAUUGGUUGACAAAGUGCCUCUGUGCCCAUUGGUGGAAGGUCACCCAGACGUCCGCGCUCAAAUGAGUGCAUCCUGAAAUCCGAUUGGUCGACGGGCCGAUCGGACUGACGUGACGCAGAUCACAAUUCCCGAAGUCUCCAAAUUCGAGGGGAGGAACCGAGGAUAAUAACGGGAUCAUCGGGAGUGCAAAUUACCGCUGAGCGACGUGGGGUAAAUAUGCAGUGUGGUCCAAUUUGUGUCCUCUGUGCUGUGCCAAGAGGGCGCCUAAAGGUGGCAAUGUCGGACCACGGCAGCAGCACCGGCAGCAGCGGCUCGUCCACCAACAGCUGGACGCUCCUCUCCCCAGAGGAAGCGGCCGUGGACAAUGGGGGAGCGCCGGACGAUGGCACGGAGAGCCUGGGCGACGCCCCCAGCCUUUCGGAAGACGCGGCGGCGGGUGGCGCCGGGGAGGUCAAGCCCAGUGACAUUCCAGUGGAGUGCGUCUUAUCGGAGGAAGGCCACCAGCGGAAUGGAAGACGGAUGAUUAACGAGGCACGCGCCGGUUGCCAGGUGUGUCAAGAGAGCAGCCCGGAGUCCGGCGACGGUCACGCCCUUUGCCGUCCUCUCCGGCUUGACCGGUCGGAUUCGCCGGCCCCCGCCGUUCGCGACCCGCCGGCCGGCUCGCCUUGCGACGAGGAGCACCCGGGCGCGGCCUUGGUCUCCGGCCCGGAUUUCGCAGAGCCCGACGAGACCUUUCGGGAAGCGGACGGCGCGGUCGCCGACGAACCGGAGCCGAGCGUCAUCCCCGUCCAGACGGUCGCCGCCUGGGAGCCUCCUCGGCGCGGGGACGCCGAGGUUGACCGAGAGCGGCCGGAGGCGAUGCCGGGCUCGGGCCUGGCCGAUGACGUCAAAGCGGCAGAGAGCCUCGGUUCCAUGCGAGACGAGGACGAGGAAGAAGAGGACGGCCCACCUGAGUUUGACGUGCAGGAAGAAGGAGGAGAAGGCCCCGCGGGUCACGGCGGCGACGGACCCCGCAGGAGGACGCUGCGGUCCGGCCUGAAGGCGACGCAGGCGGAAGAGGAGCUGGACUGGUGGCCGGCGGAGAGAAAGGAGAAGGGCCGCUGGUGGGCCAGCAGGCGCAUGGCGGGCGCGGCCGCGCUGCUCUUCCUGGGAGUGCUCUUCCUUUGCGGCCACUUUGACCACUUUGACGCCGGCGACGUGAGCCACGCGCAACAAAGCCAGAAAGCCGCCGACGCCGGAGGCUUCUUCCUCACCCGUGAGACGUCUGCAGAGUUCCCAGCGGUCCCGGACACCUUUGACACGGACGGGAGCGGGCACGUGGGCGCCGGGGAGAUGAGGACGCCGGGUGACGGCCCCUCGAGGCGGCAACCGAGCCGCGUCAUUAAGGAGGCCCGAGAAGACGCCGACAAAGUCGAUGGGAAGAAGAGCCGCGAGGGGCCAGGGCAAAAAGGAGACGGCGGCAACCCCCGCGGGCGAGUGCGGGAGCACCCGGAGAAAAUCUGGCGCGAGGAGGAGCGCGAGCGCCGCCACGAGCGGGAAGCCCAGAAGCCGCGGCGCCGGCCGCAGCGCCAGGAGAGGAGGAAGGACGAGCCGCGGGGGCGGGGCCCCGACGACCUGGCCCGCUUCUGGCGGGCGCAGGAACACAAGUUGCGGCGCCCGGGCCGCCCGCCCCCCUGCGCCUCGGUGGAAGACUGCGCCGCCCGGGAGAGCCUUUUCCCCGUCCGGCUGGCCGACUUCCAGGAGCUGCUGGAAGGCUACCUGGACAAGCUGGAGGGCUCGCCCGCCCACAGCAAGGACGUCCUCCGGCGCCUGGUGGCCGACUUCUUCGACGGCGACGACGGCGUCUUCCCGCACCACCGCCGGCCCUUCGCCGAAUUUGCCGAGGACGUGGCGGACAUCCUGGAGGACAUGGCGGAUGCGGCGGAGGGCGCCGACGAGGCCCUGGAGGAGGCCAUGGAGGAGUUUUCGAGGGAAGCCCUGUGGAAGUUUGCCGCCGCGCAACCACACUGAGGCGCAAAUGGGAACCCGGGCGACAAACGUGGCCCCGCUCUGGUGGCCGCGCGCGCUCAUCCUCCGGCCCGAGCUUUGAUUUUUGCCCGUCAAGUAUGAGGAGAGACGUGCCUCCGUGACACAAAAUCAAGACCCAAACGUUUGUUGAGUUUUUUAAUUUCAAGCACAUUCAGCCAAAACGGAAUGACUCCAUCCAGUCAAUGGCAAGGAAUGCAAAUGGCUUGAAUGGCUUUGUUCCAUCGUCCAAAAUGGCAUCCAAAGCGUGUGUGUGUGUGUGUGCGUGCGCAUGUUUGUGUAUAAGUCAUGUUCAUGCAGGGAGGGCUGUUGACUUCUGGCACAUGUCCUGCAGGCAAAUGUCAUUUGGAGCUUUGGGGGGAGGGGGAGGGGCUUGUCCUAGUUUAAUUGUUUUAUUUAUUGCGUGGUGCACUUGAUUUUGAAGUUUGCUGCUGUGCCUUUUUCUGACCGUUUCAUACGGUCCGCUUUGGAUUUCAAAGGAACGUAAUGGCGAGAAGAGCGAUCGCCGGCGUUUAUUUCUCGGCAGUUGUUUGAAGGACAUCGGUAUUUGUUUUUGAGCUUUCUUGACGUGUUUUCUGCUGGUUUUGAAACGACACCCGAUGCCGUCCGCCGUUCGGUUCAAUAAACGAUGGCGCGGCA